AUGUCCCUCAAAAGAUCGUAUAGCCAGUGGCCUGAAGGUAUCCCCUCAUUUAUUCGCCGACACGAAGAACCUAUCGAAUGGGAAGAUAUCGGUGCCGCCACUCGUGCAUGGAGGUAUUUUGUUCGUGAGCGGUGGGUCGGCGGCGACACCGCAGAUCAACAGAAACGAGAUCUGAUCGAAGAAUGGGCGACAGCAGACCAAGAAUUUCGAGAUGGCUAUCAAUCUCGAGGACCAGAGGACGAGCCUAGUUUUUUCGAAGGCCCCGAACUUAAAGACGAGUCAUUCAUUAAAAGUGACGUUGAAGGUUCGUGCAUGGUCUACAUCUGUAUCACCGAAUUGAACGAAGAGAAACAAGCCCUACUGGCUAAGGCUAUCCUAGGUUUAUUUCCAUGGGAGGAAGGCGAGGAAUUUCUAGCGGACGAAAUUGUGAUGUUUUUGCCCGUGAAAGAUAAUCAAGAUAUUCUCGAAACUUUUAAGCUCCAGCAAAGCGUCACCCGGCCCGAUUUUCUCGAUAUGCAUAUGGCGCUUGAUGGAACGGUGCUUUUCAGGGAUUGUUAUCCCAAGCUGAUUAUUGAUGACCGAACCCUGGAGACAGGACUGGGGCUUUGGGUUCAGUUCGAAACGAACGGUAUCUAUGAAACGGCCUACCGGGCACAAAUUAUGUCGGCGGAACAUGCCGAAUGUUAUCGUGACAUUGGUCCUGGCAAUCAGAGGUCGAUACCGCUCGCGUUGCAGUAUAUCGAGAAAAGAUAUCCUGAUCUUGAUGAGAAUAGGAAUCCGAAGUUUAUCUUAGAAGAUGAGCCAGUCGAUAUGCGGAAGCCGAUUGUGAAUAUCUACCAGGGUGAGGAAGUCGAUCUAGUGGAUGACUAUGCUCCUGGCUUUCGUGAGGCAGAGGAGGAGGGCAAUGGCCUAGCGAUCGGAUUUGAUUUGCGACAGAUACUUGCGAACGAUGGAAAUCCUUUGACGAUCACAGAUCAUGGAAGAUUUUAG